CAUGAUAUGAAACCGAGUAACAGUCGCUCUCCACAAACUAACAUUACUACUAACAUUAUUGUAGGCAUAUACCUGGAAGAGUUAAAUACUUGUUUUAUUGAUCAGGAAAUUUCACCACAGAAACCUCUUCCUUUUCCCCUCAACACUGUGGUGGUGGGACAUCAAAGCAAAAAAGUGUCAGUUCUCACUCAAAGCCAAAGUGAAGCUGAAGUUUAAAAUCAAGGCUUGUUAAUCUGUUCUGCUGCAUGCACACAAACACAUAUACAACACUGGGACCCACAGCAGAGAUUCAGUUCAAGACAACAAUGCAUGCAUUACAUCUCCUCAGUUAAUCAGGAAAAUUCUCCGUACUGGAUCUAUCUUUGAUGUCCAGCUAGUUUGAGUCACGUCUCUCGCCUGCACUGCAUCCUGACCUCUUAUUAAAGACGGUCGAAGUUAUACCGGAAUCAUGUCAGAGACUGGACAGGAUAGAUCUACACGGGUCGUAAGCAGUGGCUCAAACCAGGAUGAGAAGCAGGAAAAGUCAAGCAAAAGUGUGAAUAAGGAGGCAGGAGGGGGACACAUUGCUAUGUUGGACAAAAUAAAGGACUUUUUCCAGAUCUGUGACAGCGAGGAAAAGGGCUUCAUCACACGUACGGAUAUGACGAGGCUCCACAAAGAAUUGCCACUCACUACUGUGGAACUGGAGAACGUCUUUGACUCACUAGAUCUUGACAAAAACGGAUACCUGACACUAGGAGAGUUUUCUUCUGGAUUUAGUGACUUUCUUCAUGGACGGAGAGUCUCUAUGUCAGAGGAACUAAUGACUACAUCCUCUCAAAUAGAUCCAGAAGCUCUUGAUCAGAGUUCUGGGAAUGAACAGCUGUCAGAGAACAAGGAUGAUGAAGAGAGACAUUUCAGCAUGUUGAUGGAGAGCUUGGGUGCUAGCAAUGUAUUUGAAGACCCGAGUGAGGUUCGUGACCUGUGGGCUCAGCUCAGGAAAGAUGAGCCUCACCUCUUGUCCAACUUCGAAGAGUUCUUGGCCUGUGUCACGUAUCAAAUCAGAGAGGCACGACAAGAGAGGAAGGAGAUGGAGAGCGCCCUCAGAAGGAAAGCAGCCACACAUGACACUGAAAUCUGCAGAUUAUACGAGGAAAUGGAGCAACAGAUCAUUCAUGAAAAAGAUCGAGCAAUUCUGAAGGACUCUGAAAAUCUGCAGUCGCGCAGUCAAGAGCUUCAGCAGCGGCUCCGCUGUAAAGAACAAGAAUUGGAGCAGCUAUUCCAAAAACAGAGGAGGUUGGAGCGACAAUGUCGUGACCUUCAUAGCGAACACCAGGUGAGUCGACUGGAGAAUGUUAAACUCAAAAUGACCAACGAGGAGCUGUCUCGUGAACUGGAGCACACCUGCCAGGAGCUAGUGUUGGCUCAGGAGCAGCUGGGCAUUCUGCAGGAGCAGGCCUCUCGACUACAGCAGGAAAGAGAGAUGGAGAUGUACAGAAUCACAGAAGGCUUGCAGAGAGAAAAACAGAGCUUGAUGAAACAGUUGGAUCUGCUCAGAGAAAUGAAUAAACAUCUACGAGAUGAGCGAGACAUUACGUUUCUGAAGUGCAGUAAUUCAAUGAAAAAGUCCUCACGCAAGCAAAGACCGAGCACAGCUUCAAUGAAAUACACUGAGAGAAAACCAUCUGUCAGAAGAGAAGUUGAUAAAGAGGAAGUGACUCAGCAUUCUAACAGGAAGACCUCCUCUCUAGCAAACGGUCUCUGUUCACCCUUCAGCACAUGGGAUGAUGGGAAGCCAGAGGUGGAGGGACGAUCUGAAAAAGAAGCUGGAGACUCAGAAGGUGUAAAUGACAGAGUGGAUGUGGAGGAUGCUCCACUGGAUGGAUGGCCUCUACGCAGAGUCAUAUCCAUCGAGGAGGAUCACCUCCCCCACCUGCUGCAAGGAGAACCUCACCUUCUCCUCCAUCAGCUAAGUGAAGAAGAAGAAGAAGAGUGGGGCAAAGAAGAAGGUCAGGCCAGUCUAAACACAAGCUCCUUGUGCCCCUCCAAUGCAUCCCUGGCCUCUGCUGGCUCUCCACCCCCAGUUAGAGUGAAGAAGCCUUCUAAGAAGAAAUAUAUCAGAGGAAACAUGCCCUCAUCUGCACGGGGUCAGCCUGUCGGAAAGGAGACCCUCCAGCAGGGUCCUGCAGAAAGAUCCGCUGUGUCCCCUCAGCGCCUCUUUAAGGUCAUUCUGGUGGGAAAUUCCAGCGUUGGCAAAACUGCACUGCUGCGACGCUUCUGUGAUGGCCAGUUUCAUUCUGCCACCACAGCCACUGUGGGCAUUGACUAUAGUGUCAGAACACUAAAUUUGGGGGACAGUCAUGUGGCUCUUCAGCUAUGGGACACUGCAGGCCAAGAAAGGUAUCGCAGCAUUACCAAGCAGUUUUUCCGUAAGGCAGAUGGCGUGGUGGUCAUCUAUGACAUCACAAUGGAGGACAGUUUCAGAUCAGUCCGCCCCUGGCUGGCCAGCAUACUGGAGGCCGUAGGCGACCCUAUACCCGUCAUGCUCCUUGGCAACAAAUCAGACAAGGAGAAUGAGAGAGAAGUGCAGACAAAAGAGGCCGAUAUGCUUGCAGAGGAAGCAAACUUGAUGUUCUACGAGUGCAGUGCUUUUACUGGAGCUAAUGUGCUGGAGGCCAUGAUUCAUCUGGCCAGGGUCCUGAGGGAGCAGGAAGACAGAGUAUGGGUGAACACGAUCAGAUUGGUGGAUCAACCUUUAAAGAAGAAAGCCUGCUGCAAGUGACCACACACACACACACACAAACACACACACACCAUAAAACACACGAGUGAAAUCACUUUAAGCUUUACGUAUCAUCGUCAAACCACAUUAUACUUAAUGUAAAUAAUUUAAUGUUGGAUGAAAGAGGACAGAUUCACUUAUAUUUGUAUCAAUUAAUAGUGUAAAGUGUAAAAAGGUUUUUCAUGUCUAUUUGUCAUAGGGCAUUGUAUAUGUGUGCUCAUCUGAUGAGUUUCUCCAAAAUGUAGAUGAAGUAUAGUAUAUUAUAUAUUCACAGGUCAGUAUAUCACCUCUUUUAAAUGGUCUUUGUACAUAUUCUAUUUGUUAAUGAUACCAAUUGUCAUUCACAAUACAUUUAUUGAGAAAAUGUGUUCAGUCAAGCUGCAUGUGACAAAUGUAGUUUAACCAAUUUAUCCCAUUCAUCCGAAUGAGUGAGAGCAAAAUAAUUCAGGAGAAAAUGUGAUUGUUUGUUACUUCCCAUUUAUUUAGCAUUGCAAUAGCCUCAUUCAAAGCUCCUGAAGUCUUGCUAGCAUCAUGAAACCUGGAUUUCAAACUGCCCAGUAAAACCUCAUUGCUUGAA